UAGAUAGAUCCCUUCAAUCGAUCAUCACCGAGACUUAAGUGAAGCCUUUGUUGGAUUUAUAAUUUAGAUAAAAGAGUGGCAAAGCAGUUAAAAAAGCAAAGAGUGAAAGAGGAAAGUCGAAAUGGCGACAACGGUCGGAAGAAACAUAGCAGCACCGUUGCUGUUCUUGAAUCUGGUUAUGUACUUCAUUGUACUUGGUUUCGCAAGUUGGUGUGUCAAUAAAUUCAUCAACGGCCAAACUAACCACCCAAGUUUCGGAGGCAAUGGAGCGACGCCGUUUUUCCUGACUUUUUCGAUCUUAGCGGCUGUUAUCGGGAUAGCAUCGAAGUUGGCCGGAGCUAACCAUAUUAGGUUUUGGAGGAAUGAUAGUCUUGCGGCCGCAGGAUCUGCCUCUAUCGUUGCAUGGGCCGUCACCGCUCUUGCCAUGGGGUUGGCAUGCAAGCAAAUAAACAUAGGAGGAUGGAGAGGAUGGAGAUUGCGAAUAAUUGAAGCUUUCAUAAUAAUCCUGACGUUCACGCAAUUGCUAUACGUCUUGUUAAUCCACGCAGGUACAUUCAGCAGCAAGUAUGGUCCUGGUUAUAGAGAUCGUGACUACGCUACAGGUCAAGGUCAUGGUCAUGUGCCAGGCACUCACGCGGGCGAGCACAAGCCUGGUGUUGCGACCACCAUGGCUGUUUAGAGUCAGUUGUUUGUUUUAUGUGAUGUUAACUUGGGUAAUAAGUUUAUGAUAUGAUAUAGGUGCUUUUUCUUUUUUCCUCUUCUUAAGUUUAUGUAAUAAUAAUGUAAUUCCAUCGAUCUGACGAACGAACAAACUGUUGUGUUCUUUUGUUAAUUAUGAAUUUGUGUGUUCCGUAUU